AUGACUUCCCUGGUGUGCCGUGUAUCACUGCUGGCAGGUCUGAUGCUGCUGGGCAUCGCUGGAGCUCAUGCCACCGUGGAGCCGAGGACCGCCGCAGCCAUGGUCGCAGCAGGGCUGUGUAACUCUCAGCCAACCGACAUCGUGUUCUUGGUGGACAGCUCCCGCAGCGUCCGCCCCUCUGAGUUCGAGCAGGUCAAAGUCUUUCUGACCAAAGUCAUCGAGGGCUUGGACAUCGGGCCAGACUCCACCCGCGUGGGCGUGGUCAAUUACGCCAGCCGCGUGAAGAACGAGGUGUCUCUGAAAUCCCACCGCACCAAGGCCGGCCUGAUAAAGGCCGUGUCUAAGAUCGAACCGCUGUCUACGGGCACCAUGACGGGCCUGGCCAUCCAGUUCGCCAUGAACGUGGCGUUCAGCGAGGCCGAAGGAGGCAGGAAGUCCGCUGGCAUAAACAAGGUGGUGAUCAUCGUGACCGACGGUCGGCCACAGGACAACGUACGCGACAUAGCGGCGAAAGCGCGGGAGUCUGGGAUUGAGAUGUUCGCCAUCGGCGUUGGGCGCGUGGACAUGAACACGCUGAGGCAAAUGGCCAGCGAGCCUCUGGAGGAGCACGUGGACUACGUGGAGAGUUACAGCCUCAUUGAGAAACUCAUCAAAAAGUUCCAGGAGGCGUACGCGGCCGGCGCAGUGUCAGACCUGUGUGUGACAGGUGACCAUGACUGUGAGCAGGUUUGCAUCAGCACACCUGGAUCAUUCAAAUGCGCCUGCAACGAGGGCUACACACUCAUGGAUGACGGCAGAUCAUGCAGUGCCUGCAGUAGUGCCACAGACGUCGUCUUUCUCAUCGACGGCUCAAAGAGCGUGCGGCCGGAGAACUUUGAGCUGGUGAAGAAAUGGAUCAACCAGAUCGUGGACAAGCUGGACGUGUCCGAGACAGGGGCCCACGUGGGCCUGGUCCAGUACUCCAGCUCCGUCAAGCAGGAGUUCCCCCUCGGACGCCACAACAACAAGAAGGACGUGAAGGAGGCGGUGAAGAAGAUGCCGUACAUGGAGCGUGGCACCAUGACCGGUCAGGCUCUCCGCUACCUGCUCGACAACAGCUUCACGCCCAGCCAAGGGGCACGACCCGGGGUCACGAAGGUCGGCAUCGUCUUCACCGACGGCAGGUCGCAGGACUACAUCGGAGACGCAGCAAAGAAGGCCAAAGAGAACGGCUUUAAGAUGUAUGCAGUAGGAGUGGGCAACGCUGUGGAGGAUGAGCUGCGUGAGAUCGCCUCUGAACCAAUCUCUGAUCAUUACUUCUACACGGCCGACUUCAAAACCAUGAACCAGAUCGCCAAGAAGCUGCAAAUCAACGUCUGCCAAGAGGAGGACCCCUGUGAAUGUGACUCAGUUGUUAAGUUCCAGAAAAAAAUAGAGGAUGCACUACAGGCAUUAACGAAAAAAUUGGAAGCUGUGACAAAGAGAAUCGCUGCUCUGGAGAACAAGAUCGUUUGA